AUGGCGUUGCAGCUCAGGACCGGCGAUGCAGCAUACUACCAGAGUGCAGAGUACUGCAGAAACUACAGUUCCCCUCCUGUCAGAUACGGUGACAGCAGCCAUUAUCUUGCUCGUUUGCCAGGUCCAGAAACAAUGCUGAAACCUCCUCUGAGUCUCUUCAGCCAUCCUCAGCAGCCUUUCCAACACAUGGACUCUCUGCACCACUUGGGACCUCCACCAAUGGUACCUACACAGACUCUGGGGCCACCACCUGCUCAGACAAUUGGGCCACUGACUCUGGCCCCUCCUCAAAAUCUGGGACAUUCUCACCUAUCUGCUACGCAUACAUUAAGGCCUCCACCCAUUACCCCAUCUCACACUUUAGCCCCUCCACCAUUGAACCCAGCUCAACCACUGGGGCCUCCACCAAUGACACACACUUUGGGACCCCCACCUGUACAUCCUACACAAGCAAUAGUACCUCCUACCAUGGACCUCACACAACCACUGGGGCCUCCACAUCUGAACCUUGCCCAAACAAUGGUGCCCCGACCAGUAGUGGCACCUUCAGCGGGUCAGUUCUCCCUCCCUCCCAGUCCUUUGUCCUCACCCCCUGUUCCAAGCCCUGAUCCUUCACAAAUGCCCCCAAGACCCCCAGGACCAGGGAUCAUCCCAGCCCCUGUGUCCAACCACAUUUGUGGUCCCCUCCCAGGUCAGGCAGCUCCAGCCAGUAAACAGCCCCAGGAUGAGGGCUCCUCUCUGGGGAUGGAGGAGCAAGAGGACUCUCUUGGGCUGGAAGAACUGUGCAAACCCCUGUACUGUAAACUCUGCAACGUUACACUCAACUCUGCUCAGCAGGCUCAGGCUCACUACCAGGGAAAGAAUCAUAGUAAAAAGUUAAGGAAUUUCUAUGCUGGCAGUCAACAGCCGCCAGCCAUCAGGAUCCCAGAAGUCCUUGAGGGCGCUGGCCAGACAGGUGUCAUUUCAGGAUCUGGUGAGGGCGAUGCGGGCAGGCAGGCUCUGUAUAAGGGGGCGCCCCGGGUCAUCUUGGCUACAGAGAAUGACUAUUGUAAAUUGUGCGAUGCCUCCUUCAGCUCCCUAGCAGUUGCUCAGGCUCACUACCAAGGCAAGAACCAUGCCAAGAAGCUGCGACUGGCCGAGGCCCAACAGAACUCCAAUAACAUGGAAAACAAUAAUGAAGUAGCUCCAAGAAGAAACCGUAAAGAUGGGAGUGAAUACCGACUGGUGAAAAACCGUCGCAGUCCACAGAUACCUACUACCAUGACAGGGCCAUACUACAACCCCAGACCGAGGCAACGCAUCCCCAGGGACUUGGCCAUGUGCGUGACUCCCAGCGGACAGUUCUACUGCUCCAUGUGCAACUCUGGAGCUGAGCAGGAGACAGAUUUCAGGCAGCAUCUAGAGAGCAAACAGCACAAAGCCAAAGUGUCAGAGUUAAGAUACCGCCACGAAAUGGAGAACCUCGGCUACAGCUAA